ACGGCUGCAGGGGGGGACGAAUGAAGACGGAGACGGCGACAUUCACCCGAGCACUUGUUAUUGUACACGGUUUUUUCAAGGAAGAUUACUGUUAUAUGAUGGCGUUUUCUUAUUAAAUUGAACAGCUAGAAACUUGCAAUAUCUUUAUCCAACCGAAGGGUAUCGAUUCAAUUGGUUUUCGUGGAACUCAAAUCGAUUCUCUGUCAUUAAUAGCCAGGAUCUUUAGAUGGAAGACGGCUAGAGAGGUCGGACACAAACUGAAGAACAGACAUUUUCCAUAUCGAGUUGUUUCUAAUUUUCCAACGUUACAUUGUUAGCCACGACGGCGGCAAAAUGAGACAUUCUUUGCCAUGGCUUUGAAAGACUCGGAAAACCCCUUCAAAUGAAAAGCGCUCAACGGUCGUCAUUAUUGCGGAUUUAGAUGCCUCUCGUAAGGGGACACAGACCUGUUAUUUUGGAACAGUCUGCGUGUGAGACGUUUUCAUCUAUUGCGGACAUCCCUUCCUAUUGAAACAUAGACAACAGACAAUUUAGGUGGGUGAACAGUUCAGUGUGCAGAGGUAUAUUUUUUAAGCAAUAUGGCUGGUGAGUGGGGCUGGGGACGCUGGCAUAGGCUCUCCAAGGCACCUAAAUGCUAGCUGAGGCGGAUGCCCCCGUUCCCCAUGGCAGCGGCAGCUCUAUGAUGACUAAUAAGAUCAAUAAUAAUAUAAAUCCGGACUCCUCGAUCUAUAUAUCCAAGAUGAACUUGGUCAUCCCGUUCUCGCCGGACGUGCCCUGCGACAAUAAUGGACAGCGCAUGUGGUGGGCAUUCCUCGCCUCCUCCAUGGUGACGUUUUUCGGAGGUCUCUUCAUCAUUCUCUUGUGGAGGACCCUCACAUAUCUGUGGACGGUUUGCUGUCAUUGCAACAUCAAAAACAAGGAGAAAGUGAACAACCCUGCCAACAGCCAGGCAGCAGAUGGGGCAGCCAAGGGGACCGACGAGAAGGAGGAGGUCCCGCUCAGCGAGGUGGGCUGGAUGACCUCCGUCAAAGACUGGGCCGGGGUCAUGAUCUCAGCCCAGACGCUCACCGGACGAGUCCUGGUCGUGCUAGUAUUUGCGCUCAGCAUCGGGGCCCUUGGAAUAUACUUUAUAGACUCUUCUGAUCCUAUAGAAUCCUGUCAGAAUUUCUACAAAGAUUUCACGCUACAGAUCGACAUGGCGUUCAACGUCUUCUUCCUCCUCUACUUUGGUCUGCGGUUCAUAGCAGCCAAUGACAAGCUGUGGUUCUGGCUGGAGGUCAAUUCUGUGGUCGACUUCUUCACUGUUCCUCCGGUGUUUGUGUCUGUGUACCUGAACAGAAGCUGGCUUGGUUUAAGAUUCCUGAGAGCACUGAGAUUGAUACAGUUCUCAGAAAUUUUACAGUUUUUGAAUAUCUUAAAAACGAGCAAUUCCAUCAAGCUGGUGAACCUGUGUUCCAUCUUCAUAAGCACAUGGCUAACAGCUGCCGGAUUCAUACAUUUGGUGGAAAACUCAGGGGAUCCUUGGGAAAACUUCCAAAAUUCCCAGUCGCUUUCGUAUUGGGAAUGUGUCUACUUGCUGAUGGUCACUAUGUCCACAGUAGGCUACGGAGACGUCUAUGCAAAAACCACUCUGGGACGCCUGUUCAUGGUCUUCUUCAUCCUCGGUGGUUUGGCCAUGUUUGCCAGCUACGUCCCUGAAAUCAUAGAAUUAAUAGGAAACCGCAAGAAAUAUGGUGGUUCCUAUAGUGCGGUUAAUGGGAGAAAGCACAUUGUGGUCUGUGGUCAUAUUACUCUCGAAAGUGUCUCCAACUUCCUCAAAGACUUCCUACACAAGGACAGGGAUGAUGUCAAUGUAGAAAUUGUUUUUCUCCAUAAUAUUUCCCCUAAUCUUGAGCUGGAAGCCUUGUUCAAACGCCACUUUACCCAAGUGGAAUUCUACCAGGGAUCUGUUCUCAAUCCUCACGAUCUAGCCAGAGUGAAGAUUGAGUCGGCAGACGCCUGUCUCAUCCUGGCUAAUAAAUAUUGUCCAGAUCCCGACGCAGAAGAUGCCUCCAACAUCAUGAGGGUUAUAUCCAUCAAGAACUAUUCCCCGAAGAUUCGGAUCAUUACUCAAAUGUUACAAUACCACAACAAGGCUCACCUGUUAAACAUUCCGAGCUGGAACUGGAAGGAGGGUGACGAUGCGAUCUGCUUGGCAGAGUUGAAGGCUGGCUUCAUUGCCCAGAGCUGCUUGGCACAGGGCUUGUCCACUAUGCUGGCCAAUCUCUUCUCAAUGAGAUCCUUCAUCGAGAUCGAAGAGGACACGUGGCAGAAGUACUACUUGGAGGGAGUAGCUAACGAAAUGUACACUGAGUAUUUGUCCAGUGCCUUCGUUGGUCUCUCCUUCCCUACGAUCUGUGAGCUGUGCUAUGUCAAGCUGAAGCUGCUGCUCAUCGCCAUUGAGUACAAGUCCGAGCAGAGAGAGAGCAGCAUCCUCAUCAACCCGGGGAACCACGUCAAGAUGCAGGAAGGAACUCUGGGGUUCUUUAUCGCCAGCGACGCCAAAGAAGUCAAGAGAGCAUUUUUCUACUGCAAAGCUUGUCACGAUGACAUCACAGACCCCAAACGCAUCAAAAAGUGUGGCUGUAAACGACUGAUUUAUUUUGAGGACGAGCACCCGUCGACUCUGUCGCCCAAGAAAAAGCAGCGCAACGGAGGCAUGCGAAACUCGCCCAACAACUCGCCCAAGAUGAUGAGCAGACAUGACCCCUUGCUCAUUCCGGGAAAUGAACAGAUCGAGAACAUGGACCUGAACGUGAAGAAGUACGAUUCCACGGGAAUGUUUCACUGGUGUCCCUCCAAAGAGAUUGAGAAGGUCAUCCUGACCCGGAGCGAGGCAUCCAUGACGGUCCUCAGCGGUCAUGUAGUGGUCUGUAUAUUUGGAGAUGUCACGUCCGCUUUGGUGGGGCUGCGAAACUUGGUGAUGCCUUUAAGAGCCAGCAACUUCCAUUACCAUGAGUUGAAGCCCAUCGUGUUUGUGGGCUCGCUGGAGUACCUGAGACGAGAGUGGGAAACCCUACACAACUUCCCCAAGGUCUCCAUCCUGCCUGGUACACCAUUAAGUCGGGCCGAUUUGAGAGCUGUCAACAUCAACCUCUGUGACAUGUGCGUUAUCCUGUCAGCCAAUCAGAACAAUAUCGACGACGCCUCUCUGCAAGAUAAAGAAUGCAUCUUGGCGUCCCUCAACAUCAAGUCUAUGCAGUUUGAUGACAGCAUCGGGGUCUUGCAGGCUAAUUCCCAAGGUUUCACGCCACCUGGAAUGGACAGGUCAUCUCCAGACAGCAGCCCAGUACAUGGCCUCGUGCGACAGGCUUCCGUGACCACAGGCUCCAACAUCCCCAUCAUCACUGAGCUAGUGAACGACUCCAAUGUUCAGUUCUUGGACCAAGAUGAUGACGACGACCCGGACACAGAGCUGUACCUGACACAGCCGUUUGCCUGUGGAACCGCCUUCGCUGUCAGUGUACUCGACUCCCUCAUGAGUGCAACAUACUUCAAUGAUAACAUCCUCACCCUGAUCCGGACCCUGGUGACAGGGGGGGCCACACCGGAGCUGGAGGCCCUGCUAGCAGAGGAGAACGCCCUGCAAGGGGGUUACAGCACCCCCCAGACGCUGGCCAACAGAGACAGGUGUCGUGUGGCCCAGCUGGCCCUCUACGACGGGCCCUUCGCAGACUUGGGGGAUGGUGGUUGCUAUGGGGAUUUAUUCUGUAAAGCACUGAAGACGUACAACAUGCUGUGCUUCGGCAUCUACAGAUUGAGAGACGCUCACCUCACCAUACCGAGCCCGUGCACCAAGCGGUAUGUCAUCACCAAUCCGCCGUACGAGUUUGAGCUGGUGCCCACAGACCUGAUCUUCUGCCUGAUGCAGUUUGAUCACAACGCGGGCCAGUCCAGGACCAGCCUGUCCCACUCCUCUCACUCCUCCCAUUCCUCCAGCAAAAAGAGCUCGUCCGUCCACUCCAUCCCCACCACCAACCGGCAGAACCGCAGCAGCAAAGCCAGGGAGGCCAAACAGAAAAAAGAAAUGGUUUACAGAUGAACCAGAAAAUGCCUACCCACGGAACAUUCAGAUCAAGCCCAUGAGCACUCACAUGGCCAACCAAGUCAACCAAUACAAAUCCACUAGCAGUCUGAUUCCACCAAUCAGAGAAGUUGAAGAUGAAUGCUGAAAAAAAAGAAGAAAAAAAUAUUUAAAAAAUAAAAUAAAAAACCUUUGAUGACUUAUGAGAAGUGAGAAGUCUGGAACCUAUUUGGAAGAUGACGACAAGGGAAUGACAGGAUUUCUGAGAAGAUGAUGGCGCAGAUGACAGGUCAUUCUUUCUCACACGUUUCAGAUCAAAGGUUUAAGAUGAACACAGAAACUGGAAGGGACCUUCUAUGUGUAUACCUUUAAUGUUACUUCCAUGCUCUUAAACAAUGUUUUAUUUAUUCAUGUAUCCAUAGAGAUGUACAUAAUGACAAUCAACUAAGGAUUGUACAGCGUCCAUAGCACUUUUUGAAAUUAUUUUAAGAGUCGAGCGAUGGAAAAAAGUACUUCCUGUAAUUCUUUGCAAUAGUUCACCUCUUCGUGUGACCAGACUCCAUGGCUGAGGUAACUGGUUUUGUAGGAUGAGGGUCGCAUCUGUAAGCUUAUCAUAUUCAUCUCCCAAAGAUUCACUGAGACGUCAUCUCGACCCAACCGGCUUACUGUUUCACCUCUCCUGUCUGCUUCUGUUCUAUUUGCACUAAAACUGACUGUGUUACAUUCAACAAUUCAACUUGAAACAUUGAGUUUCCCCUCAACAUCUCAGAAAGUGUCUACCCCCCUCCCCCCUCCCCCAUCCCCCCUCUCGUUCCCCCAAAUCUGCUGAAGGAAGAAAAAUGUCUGGCUUUGGAGUCAUCGUACUCUGUCGUGUUCACCUGGAAAUGUCUGCUGUGUCACUGCUUAAGGUUACACCACUGUACAUCCCACCACUGAAUAGUCAUCGUACAGAGUGCAUCGGUACAGCAGACUGAUUUUAAAAGCGAGCCUGUCGUCUGUUCAACAGAGUGACACAGCGUUGGUAUAAAAUGGCCUAACAGAUUGUAGCGCACCUACAUCUGUCCUGGUGACGUCCCAUAGUGGAGCAGGAGGUCUGUAACUCGGUUCCAAGCUCCCAUAUCGCAUGUUAUGUGCCUGAGUCCUUCUAUAACAGUAGUGUGGUUGAUCAACUUGGCCUGAACAAAUGAGUGGAAAAGGAGCAAACUGCCCAGUCCUCUUCAGGCUUACAGUGUCGAGUCCACGCCAUGUGUGUACAUGGUUGCUUUGAAGACGCACUCAUGAGCUUAGUCAUCUUUCCAUCAAGGUGUGUGUGUGUGUUGUGUGUGUCUGUGUGUGUGUGAGAGAGAGAGAUAGGCUGCAACCUUUGAGGGAACAUCAUGUGGGAAUCAAAAGGUCACACAUGAAAGUCCUAGUUGAGAAACCAGAUCUGUCCUAGGGUUGUGGAUCAACUCACGAAACGUCCCUUAACAUGCCUUCGAUAUGUACCUUUUGAGUCCAAGAACUAGACUAAGAACCAGCUAUGAUUGAGCCGUAUUAAUGUGAAUUUCAGUAUCUCCUAAAUAGCGGACGCAUCCAUUUAAAAACUUUCUUGCCACAAUAUCCUAGUAUGGCAAGAUUGGGAUUGAUGAAGAAAAACAUGUUCUGUCCGUCUAUCUGUUGUAGAAAGAAAUGCCACCAAUUGCAUGAAGUGGGCAUCUAUGGGUCCUCCUUUGGUCAAAGCCACUGCCUGGCACAGGGUUGGCAAGGGGGCAGAAUAUAGCUUGGAUGUUUCCCGCUGCCAAUCCAGAUGUCACAAAUCUCUCAAACUCUCAGGAGUUCAGCUACAGGAGUUCAGCUCAAUCAUAGCUUGUUAGAACACAACCUUUGCCUCACGUUAACUAUGGGAAGCACUGGUUGACAUUGUCUGGGCUCGUGUCGUACUGUUUGGCAUGACGGUGUAUUUUGCCAAAGGCAAUGCUUGAAUUGAUCCAACAACGACCAUGGCAGUGACAGUAGGCUUGGGAUGGAUAGGGUAUGGCCUUGCAAGGGUUUCUCAAGAAACGAAAUGUCGCUCCAAAUGUGUUGGAUUUCUACAUGAAUAUGUUUAUUUUAUAUCCAUAAGCAUAAUCAUUUUGUACUUAUUUUUAUACAUAGUGACCUACUCAAAAGCGCUACAGUAAAGCAAUCCAUCAUAAUAAACAAUUGCAGAUUAGUAUGCAGAAUGAGGAUUUGUUGUCUACGUGAAUAAACUUUAGCACUUCAGACAUUAGUGUUCAACCCUUUUUCCAACUUGCAGAUGAUAAAGAAUAGUGGUUUACACUACUGUGUUGGACAUGACUGAACUAACCCAAAGUUAUUGAUGUUACUGAUUAUCUGUGGCCAUGCUAAUGAAACACUGCAAUGAGUUACACUUUUCACAUCAGAUUUAGGUAGGACUUUGAGGGGAUGCCAAGUAAUUAUUGGACAAAGAGCACAACAUCAGUGUAUUAAGGCACCUAGCCACUCCUUUGGUUUUGACAGUGAAACUGAUAACUUCAUCACCAAUGUUUGACCUAAAUUAGGUCUUUUACUGAGGGGGAAGACACUGAUGUAUACAAUGUGCAUAAUGUAACAUUCAAAACAAUCCUCUAAACUGUCCUUUUGAACAAUGUAUGAAAGUGAUACUACUUCUUUGCAGUCGGGGUGUUUGGAGAAAUUAGCCAUGAUAUUAUGAACACUAAAGAAAAUGUAUUGAUGAAGUAAUGUUAUUAGAAGGGGAAAAAGUACAUAUAUUGUGCUAAAUAUGUUAAUGUGUAAAUUCAGCCCAUAAUAGACCACAUUUCUUCUUCAAGCUAACUGAUCUGAGCUUUAAUGUCUUGUCUUUUUGGGUAUGGUAAGACUAUACUGAAGCAUCAUGACAUCGUCCUAAAGUGAACUUUUGAAUUGUGAUUACAUUGUUGACACACUUUGUAGCAAGUAGUUUUAUUUUACAAAACAAUGUGAGUAAAAUGUAUGUAUAAUUGGGUUGUUAAUGACAAACUUGCUAGCUCAACAAUAAGAAUUGAAUAUUUGAUACUGCAAUGACACUAUGAAUAUAAUUGACAAAUUGUUUUGCUUUUGUGGUAAAAAAAAAACAAAAAAAGGUUCACAAUUAUCUUUGAGGAUUCAUAUUUUAAGGAUAUAAGACAAACACAGGAGUAAUUUCACCUGGUUUAUCAACCAUCUCAAGGAUGGAGACGCACGGUAGCACCAAUUCAGCAAGGUUUAUCAAAAGAAAGAACAUCCUUAACUUAGUGUUCUUGUAAAAAAUAUUAUGUAUCAGGGUUUACAUUCCAUUUUGUCAGCUCUUGUCAUUUUAUGUUACCAUAAUGAUAUUCAUGGUUUGUUAAAGACGGUCACAACUGCUUAUAAUUUGUUUACAGUUUUUUUUUUCUUAAACUACAAUACUCAGAUAUUAGAUGGUUCUCAUAUUAACAUACACCUUUUCAGAAUAGUUCCAAGACAUUUAAUUGUUUUUGAAUGUUCUCUUCUUUCAGUACCCCAAAUUGCGCAACAAACUUGAUUUAAAUUGAACAUUUUGACCCCACUGGGAAAAUACAUGCUCUUUCAUGUUAAGGUUUUCAUAUUUCUCCCUUUACAGCAAACACUCUGCAAUGUUAAGAUACUGCUGUUUACCAUAUCAUACGUUUGUAUUAGAUGUUUUAAGUCGUUGCAAUGUAUGCCUCUAAAGUUUUAGAGUGUUUUGAAGUGCCAUGAGAAGUUUUGUUGAACAAGCAUCAUUCAGUCAUUCACAGGCUCACUCAGAGUGAGUGGCGUCCGAGUUCCUUAGACAGGGACGUACAGAAACGGCAUCUUGUACUGUCAUGGAGAACAUCCAAGCCUCCAAUGCCUCCAUGCCAGUAGAGUGCCAGGCAGUGCUCAAAGUCCAUAAGGAGGACCCGGUUGAUGGCCCACUACUGCGAGAAGUGGCAUUUAGGAUACUUUAAAAACAGGUGUUUUAGCUGUUUAGAUACUACACAAGAUCAUACACGCUUGUCGUACUUGUCUGUUAGUACAUUUGUGCAGGGAAGGUUACUGAACCAUGUUACGUGUGUGUGUGUGUGUGUGGUUCGAUAAGAAUGACUGAAAGAUGCCCGCAGAGCACAUAGACAUGCUGUUUCAUGAGUGCGUGAUCACGUGUCCAUGUCCUCUGAUGUUCUUGUCCACUUAAGGUGAAGAAUAUGAAGCUUCACGCGUUACUGUUUCAGUAUGUCACUUUUUUUUUGUUGAUCUAGUUUCUUGCUGUAAAGGAUGGAUAUAAUAACUUAUUUGCUGGAAACUGUACUAGAUGUAAUAGAAUAAAUAAUAUUUUGGAGCAGGGGUGUGUGUGUGUGUGUGGGGGGGGGGGGGGUGUUAAGUCUUAACAAGUUGAAAUUGUUUUUGGCAAUUUCUCAUGUUGAUUUUGAGAAAAAUGUAAAAUGCAUACUUUUUUAGGCUGCCUAUCAGUUU